CCUAGCGGCCACCAUGGCGGCGCCGCCGCCGCAGGCGAUCCCGGACGAUCUCGUCGAAGAGAUCCUCCUCCUCCUCCCGCCCGACGAGCCGGCCUGGCUCCUCCGCGCGUCGCUCGUCUGCAAGACCUGGAGGGGAAUAGUCUCCCACCGCGUCUUCCGCCGCCGCCUCCACGAGCUCCACGGCGCACCCCCUGUCCUCGGCUUUCUCCACAACUGGGACGACGAGCUCAUCCCCCGCUUCAUCCCCACCACCGCCUCAUCCUUGUCCCUCGCCGCUCCCCGUCGUCACUUGUGGCGGGCCAUCGACUGCCGCCACGGCCGCGCCCUCUUCAUCUCCGACCCCGAGGACGAUGGUGCGCAGGAACUCCUCCUGUGGGAGCCAAUCACGGGCUUCCGGCAGCGCGUACCGGUGCCCGAGGCGUACGAGAGGACCAUAUUCCAGCCGAGCGCGGCCGUGUUGUGCGCGGCGGACGGGUGCGGCCACCGUGACUGCCUCGGGGGUCCUUUCUGCCUGGUCUUUGUCUUCUCCGUCGAGGACCUCGACACAGACGAGGAGGAGUAUGUCACGUCGGCGUGUGUAUACUCGUCGGAGACCGGCGCGUGGGGCGAGCUGACCUCGAUGCGUGUCGAGUUUUUGAUAGACUAUACAUAUUAUUCGAGGGUGCUCGUGGCGAGGUCUCUGGUGUAUUUCAUGGGCACCGGUGGUUCGAUCCUGGAGUACGAUUUUGCAAGGCACGACCUGGAUGUGUUCGAACCACCGGACUCUGAUGUACCAUACUCCGAGAUAUUUAACCUCAUUCUGAUGGAGGACGGUGGACUGGGAGUUAGCCAGUCGUUGGAUUCACAUCUCAAAUUAUGGUCAAGGGAGGUAGCAACUAACGGAACUGAUGAUGCACGAUGGGUGCUAAGCCGGGUCAUUGACCUGAAAAUUUUGCUUCCAAUGCGUGCUCUCGCUCGUGCAGAUUAUAGUCUGCUUGUGCUGGGUUUUGCCGAGGAAGCAAAUGUCAUUUUUGUUAACACGGUUACUGGCCUCUUCACCAUUGAGCUACACUCGGAGCGGGCGAGGAAGGUAUGCGAUGAUCAUGGUUUCUGUAAUUUGGUUCCAGUUGUCGGCUUCUACACUCCACGUUCUAGGCAGGAAGCACUCAGAGCUGAACAACAUCACGACCUGCUGCCACCACUGAACAUUACUGAAGAGGUGGGUGGUGAGGAGGAGGAUAAAAACCUACAGUGGGCGCGAAAGCUGUUUGAUAAGUGGUGCAAGGACAUCGAAGAGGGGGGCUUUGGCAACACCACUGACUUUUCCAGCCACACCCUCGAGUUCAGGGUUCCACUACCUCCGGAGCGUGCUAGCACAUUUUACAGAUGUGGACGCGCCUUUCUUCACAAAGCUAGAAAGGCAACCAAUCAUUCCAGAAAUGGUUCAAAGAGUUCAUCAAAUGAAGAAUCAAUCAGAAGUACGGCUACAGCCAGCAAAGACGAUACUGAGGUCUCAGAGGUCUUUGGUAGCAAUGUUGAGCAAGCACCUGCAGAGAAUGUUGAUUCUGAAGAAGGGAAAAACUUGAACGGCAAAGAUCAGGAGGAUGGGAACGCAGCAGGCGGUGGUGACGAUUCUGAUUUGGAUAUGGCCUGGAAAAUGUUGAAUGUUGCAAGAGCUAUAGUUACCAAGAACCCUGGCAUGACAAUGGAGAAAUUUAAUAUAUUUCUUGCUCUAGCUGAAGUCUGCAAGAAAAGAGGGGACUGGGACAACACAAUUGGUUACUACUUCAAAGCUUUCGCCAUCUUGGAGCAUUUGGUUAGGCCUGACAAUAUUCGGAUUGUUGACAUAAAUGCCCGCAUAUGUGUGGCCUUCGAGUUAGCAUCCAAGGUUAGGGAUGCAAUCCCAUAUUGUGAAAAGUCUAUUUCAGUAUGCAAGUCACGUAUACAGAAUCUGAAAAAUGCCAAGGAAGAUUUGUUGGCUGAUAAUGAUGUUUACACAUCUGCUGCUGAAGGAAGCUCAGGAAAUCGCAGUCCAGAAGAUGAGAUAUCUUUUCUUACUGCAGUAUUGGCCCGACUUCAGAAGAAGCUUAAAGCACUGGAGCAAGCAAUGUCAACCCCAAGCCCUGGCGUAGAUAGGACUAUGAAGAGGGUUGUCUCAAUGGCGAGUCAGGAGCAGAAUGUCAAGAAUACUGUGGCAAGAGCUCCAGCAUUGACUUCUUCACAGAUGGCUGGAUCAAACCACAGCUUCCAUUCCCCAACUAUGUCUAUAGCAGCAACAGGAGGCAUUGGAAGUGGUGUAACUUACUUUGGGAUAUUUGGCACAGCCAUGAAACAGCUAAUGAAAAGUAUGAGCCUUCUCCAAAGAUUUUUGCAGCGGAUGGUUCACCAUCCAUGAAAGAAAUGUGAUUGCAGCUAGAUAGAACAUCCGGAACUGCCAAGAUAUGCCUGGAAUGUCCUAACAAGAUGUUACCAGUCCCUGUUCAUGUUCUCUCAAUGGUCAAUACUUAUCUGUUGAGUUGUAUAAAAGUGGGAAGAUAGAAGUUGCUGUCAUUCAACAUUUAAUCUGGUUACUAGAUAUUCGAUCUUAUCAUCAGUGCCUCUCUGCAGCGGGGUGCCUAUCCAUUGAUUUCUUGUUGUUUCCAGUAAUACAUUCACAUCACCUUCUGUUGUGGAUAUACAAGUUGUAUGUUGUGCUCCGCAAAACCUAUGUUGUUUAAACUUUACUGUGGUGUAUUGAUCUGUUAGAGGAGGUGGCCUUGUGUACAUAUCAGCUGUACUAAUAUCUUAGUCUGCUGCUAAUAAUGUGCAGCAAGUGCUAAGCUGAUAUGCACCAGAGAAUAACCGAAACGCCCAAGAUUGAA